AUGGCGCGGAAUUCUUUUUUCAUUUCCGACAAAGAAAACUCUUUUUUAAAAGAAAAACGUUUAACGUUUUUACAAAAAAACAUUCACAAAUCUAUCUAUCUAUCUAUCUAUCUAUCAUUCAUCUAUCUAUCUAAGAAAAUUAUCUAUUAUCUAUCUAGGAAAAUCUAUUCUUUUCUAUUAUCUAUCUAUUCAAGUCUUUUCAUUAUCUAUCUAUCUAUCUAUCUAUCUAUCAUUUUAGAAUUAUUUCAUUUCCGACACUUUAAAAAGAUUUUUAAAAGGAAAGAGGACAAUCAAUUCCUAUUCUUGUUUGGUUUCACAACAGUUUCCCUUUCACGUUCUGUCCUCUCCUGGGGGGGGGAGGAAUGUUGCUGUAAGUUAAAAAGACGAGACGCCGCAGAAAGGCCAGCGUCAGAGAAAUUGUCACAAAGUGCAGCCAUCUCCUGGUCAUCCGAGCUGUCCUUCUUUAUUCUUUCGAUAAAUCGAUAUCGCAAAUGCACAUGGCGUUCGCUAGCUGAAAGCCUGAGCAGUCAAGAUCGAUAUUCAUCGGAGAAAAGAUUUUGGUUUGGUUACCUAGAAGCACAUCUCUCCCUAUCUCUCUAUCUCUCUCUACCCUCUCUCUCUCUAUCCUCCUCUCUCUACUUCUCUCUCUCUCUCACUCUCCCUACGACCUUCUCUCUCUCCCUCUCUACCCCUCUCUCUCUUUCUCUCACUCUCUCUCCAUCUAUCUGUCUAUCUCUCUCUCCCUUCUCUAUCCCGCUCUUUCUGCCUCUCUAUCCACUCUCUCCCACUCUCCCUCUCUCUUCAUCUCUAUCCCCCUCUCUCUGCCUCUCUCCCUCUAUAUCCCUCUCUCUCCCCCUCUCUCUCUCUUCCCUUCUCUCCUCCCCUCUCUACCCUCUCUCUUUUUCUCUCACAUCUAUCUGUCUAUCUCUCUCUAUCCCCUUUUUCUCCCCCUCUACCUCUCUCUCUCCCCCUCUCCCUCUCUCUCCAUCGCUAUCCCCCCUCUCUCUGCCUCUCUCCCCUCUAUAUCCCCUCUAUAUCCCCCUCCUCCUCUCUCUCUCUCUCUACCCUUUCUCUCCUCCCCUCUCUACCCCCUCUCUUUCUUUCUCUCACUCUCUCUCCAUCUAUCUGUCUAUCUCUCUCUACCCUUCUCUAUCCCCCUCUCUCCCCUCUCCCUCUCUCUCCCCUCUCCCUCUCUAUCCCCCUCUCCCCUCUCUCUCUCUCUCUCUCUCUACCCCCUUCUCUCACUCACUCUCUAACCCUCUCUCUUUCCUUCUCUCUCCAUCUAUUUGUCUAUCUCUCUCUAUUCCCCUAUCUCUGCCUCUCUAUCCCCCUCUCUCCUUCUCUAUCCCCCUCUCUCUCCCACUCUCCUUCUCUCUCCCUCUCUCUCCCCUUCUCUCUCUCUCCCCUUCUCUCUCUCUCUCACACACACACACACACACACAGAGGCGUGGAACCAAACUAACUUUCUCUGUUUCCCCCUUUUUCUUUUUUUAUUCCUUUCUUUCUUUUUCACUAUUUAUUGUUCUCUAUUUCUCCCGUUUUUCUUCUUCUAUUCCCUUUUUUUUCUUAAAUAUUUUUUUCUUUUUCAAUUGUUAUUUCUCCAUUUUUUCUUUCUCUUUUCUCAUUCUUCCUUCCCCUCUUAUUCGUUUUCCUUCUCUGUUUUUUUCCUAUUAUUCUCAACGCGCCAUUUUAAUUCUAUUUUCCUCUUUUUUUUCUUUCUCUGUUUCUCUCUUUUUCGUCCUUCUUUUUUUUUCCCGACAUGCCAUUUUAUCCUACCUUUCUAGACCUUUCCAUUUCCCUUCAAUUUCCCUUUUCUACGCACUCAUCUUCUCCCACACUCUCACCAAUUGA